UCGCUUCUCGAACGAAAGGGGGAGACAAAGGGGAGGCAAGGAUAAACGCGAGAACAGAUCCCUCUCCCCUCUUCCCAUUGUCUCGCUUCGAGAUGGGGUUCGCUCCGCCUAUCCACCACUCCUGCCUUCAAAUAACUCCCCGCUUCGGUCCCGAGCUCUUUAGGGCUCGGCCUCGCUCCACCUUAUCGUUCUCCUUCGCUUCCUCUCUUCGCCAUGCCUCCGCAUCCUCCUGCUUUAUUUCUUCCGUCGGAAGCCGCCGCUAUGGCACGCGUCUGCUUCGGAUGCGUCACGCAAAAGAGACCGAGCAAGAAGGCCUCUCAAUCAGUGAAGAAGUGGCGAAGACCAGUUCUCAGUCACAUGAUGGAUUAAAUAUUGAUGGAAAGGCUGCUUCAGAUCCCCCUUCAGGUGGCAAACAAGAUUCAGUGACUCGUAAAGCUUCUUCAGCUAGAACUGUUGCAUUUUGGGUUUUUGCUGCUGUGACUUUUGGAGUUGCAUUGGGCAUAAAGGACGGCAUUGAAAAGGCAUCUGAAUUUUUUGCAGGCUAUCUAUUGGAACAGAGUUUAUCAGUGGACAAUCUUUUUGUUUUUGUUUUGAUUUUCAGAUAUUUUAAAGUACCAAAGAUGUAUCAGGGGCGGGUUCUUACAUAUGGUAUUGCUGGUGCAAUUAUAUUUCGCGCUACAAUGAUCCUGCUUGGGGCUGCGACGCUUCAGAGGUUUGAGGCAGUGAACUUGUUACUGGCCUUGAUUCUUCUCUUCUCAUCAUACAAGCUGUUUUCUGCUGAAGAGGAAGAGACUGACCUGGCUGAUAAUUUUAUUGUGAAAACAUGCCAGAAGUUUAUCCCCAUUACCGCUUAUUAUGAUGGUGAUCGAUUUUUAACGCUCCAAGCUGGUGUAUGGAAGGCUACACCUUUACUUCUCACUGUUGCAGUCAUCGAACUCAGUGAUAUUGCAUUUGCUGUUGAUUCAAUACCAGCAGUUUUUGGUGUCACACGAGAUCCUUUCAUAGUUUUCUCUUCAAAUCUUUUUGCUAUUUCAGGUUUAAGGUCACUGUAUAUACUCGUUUCUGAAAGCAUGUCGGAGUUAGAGUAUUUACAGCCUGCCAUAGGUAUUGUUUUGGGCUUCCUAGGGACAAAGAUGAUAUUUGAUUUCUUUGGUUACCAUGUACCAAUUGAGGUUUCCCUGGGGUUUGUUGCCACAAGUCUUAGUGCCGGAGUGCUGUUGAGCCUAAUAAAAAACUCUGAUUGAUGGAUCUAAAGGAAGAAAAGGAAAAUUCAAUAAAGAAAGGAUCUGAAGGAGCAAACACUAUAGUAAUGCAAUUGGGGAACUCAUGUAGCUUAUGAAUCUGCCCUUAGGCAUUCAGUAUUAUUCCUUCGUCGGACGACAAUGGCUGAUGUAGUUUUGUACAUUUUUUAAGUUCUUGCAUUAUAUCUUGUGACAAUGCGCUAAUUUAUGAACUAGCAAGCACAAUUCCAUUCAGCAAACAGAGUUCUGUGGUGAAAGUGGUGUAAUUUCAAGAGUUAAUAGGCAUGAUAUGUUUUUUUUUUAA